AUGGUUGGCAGAACUAUUCAGGUCCAUGGAUUUGAUCUAACUGAUAGUGCGGAGUCUGUCAAAGAUAUUUUGGAGAGAAUUGCUGGCACCGGAACCAUCUGUGCUGUCAAGCUCAGGCCUCCAAGGAACAUCUCUGCCAACUCAAGGGCGUUUGCUAUAGUUCAGUUCCAAACACAGGAAAGUGUUUCAUUGGUAGAAGAUGCGGCUCGAAGAAAUGCUCUCCGGAUUGGACGAUUUUAUCUGAAAGCCAGACCUGCAGAGCGGGACAUUAUUCCAAGACCAAGAAUUCCAAUGUUUUCUCUGGAGGACACUGUGCUGCAUUUGGGAUGUUUGGUUAAGGAAAAUAUUCUAUCUGCUUUUUUUCGUGCAAGUAAUGUUUCGGUUCAAUUUGGAUUUGAUAUGAAAAAGAUUUACUUCUACCUCUCCUACAACCUUACUAAAUAUAAACUUGAACUUUCUUACGAAAGUAUCUGGGAGAUGCAGCUUCAACGUCCACCUGCUUAUAGGUCACGGACAAAGUUCCUUUUGAUUCAGGUUCAGGCAGCUCCUAAAAUUUAUGAACCGCUCCCACGCCGUCCAGGUAUUAUGUUUGAGGAUCCUUUCUUCAACUGGUUGAGGGAUGACACAGAUGAACAAUGGACCAGGACGAUUGACUUUACUCCAUCAGCUAGCAUCGGGCAAUCAUCUAUUUUCUGUCUGGAGGUGCCACAACAAUGUGAGCUCCCAAGAAUUGGCGACUAUUUUGUUUACUAUAAAGAGCAAAAUCUUGACUUUGAAUGUCGGAAUGGGUAUUCAUAUUCCUGUGGUACCUGCCUUGUUCCAAUUGUGAAAUCUCCUGAUUACAUAGAGGUCCCUUAUGAGAUACUCUUCAAAAUCAACCAUUUGGUUCAGAAUGGGACACUCAGUGGGCCAACAGUUGAUCACUGUUUCUUCUAUCAUGUUAGCCCAAAAUUUGAACCUAUUGAUCAUAUAAAGCGGGCACUUUUAAAGAUGUCAUAUUUGAAAAGCACCUGCUUGAAUCCAACAAAUUGGUUAUCUGUACAAUAUUCAAGAAUACGGAAAUCACGCCAUGCAUCCCAAAGAUCAUCUAAUAUAUCUCUGGAUGAUGGCUUGGUCUAUGUCCACAGGGUGCAAGUUACCCCUGCUAAAGUGUAUUUUUAUGGACCUGAGAUAAAUGUCUCCAAUCGUGUUGUGCGGCAUUUCUCUGCUGACAUAGAUAACUUCCUUCGGAUUUCAUUUGUUGAUGAGGACUGUGAGAAGCUCCGUUCAGUUGAUUUGUCACCUCGUUCUACUUCUGGAAAUGAUGCAAGGAGAACUGCUCUGUAUAAUAGAGUUUUGUCAGUCCUUUCAAAUGGCAUCAAUAUUGGUGACAAGCACUUUGAGUUUCUUGCCUUCUCUUCAAGCCAGCUUCGAGAUAACUCUGCAUGGAUGUUUGCUUCUCGGCAGGGAUUGACUGCAAGUGACAUAAGGAAGUGGAUGGGGGACUUUCGAGAUAUCAGAAAUGUGGCAAAGUAUGCUGCAAGACUUGGGCAAUCUUUUAGUUCCUCAACAGAAACUUUAAAAGUAUACAAGUAUGAGGUGGAACAAAUUCCUGAUAUUACAAAUGGCACAGAAUACAUAUUCUCUGAUGGAGUUGGAAAGAUCUCAGCUAAUUUUGCAAUGGAGGUGGCUAUGAAGUGCAAAUUGAAACGCUUUGCUCCAUCUGUUUUUCAGAUAAGGUAUGGUGGUUACAAAGGUGUUGUAGCUGUAGAUCCGAGAUCAAACCGUAAGCUUUCUUUGAGAAAAAGCAUGUCAAAGUUCCAGUCAGAAAAUAUCACUCUUGAUGUCCUUGCAUACAGCAAGUACCAACCGUGCUUCCUGAAUCGGCAGUUGAUUACUCUUCUCUCAACACUUGGGGUUGGCGAUAGUGUCUUUGAACUAAAGCAGAAGGAAGUCGUAAGGCAGUUGAACAGAAUGGUAACUGAACCACAGGCUGCUCGUGAAGCGGUUGAACUUAUGCCCAUGGGAGAAGUAACCAAUGUAGUUAAAGAAUUGUUAUCAUGUGGCUACCAGCCUGAUCAUGAGCCGUAUCUUUCCAUGCUGCUACAAACUUUUAGAGCAUCCAAGCUUCUAGAAUUGAAAACAAAGUCAAGGAUAUUCAUCCCACAAGGGCGAGCAAUGAUGGGUUGCCUGGAUGAAACCCGCACACUAAAGUAUGGCCAGGUAUUCAUCCAAGCUUCUUACUGUGCAGAUGACCAUCGCAAGUUCGUUGUAACUGAAAAAGUAGUUGUUGCCAAAAAUCCUUGUCUCCACCCUGGUGACAUACGGGUUCUCCAGGCUGUUGAUAUUCCUGCUCUGCACCACUUGUUUGACUGUGUUGUCUUUCCACAACAGGGACCAAGGCCGCACCCUAAUGAGUGUUCAGGGAGUGAUCUUGAUGGGGACAUAUAUUUUGUUUCUUGGGAUUCACAUCUUAUUCCAAGUCGUUUGGUGGAUCCUAUGGACUAUACUCCAGCUCCAGCAGAAACAUUAGAUCAUGAUGUUACUAUUGAGGAAAUAGAGGAGUACUUCACAAACUACAUAGUUAAUGAGAGUCUUGGGAUUAUCGCCAAUGCGCAUGUGGUCUUUGCAGAUAAGGAAUGUCUGAAGGCUGAAAGUCCAUCGUGCAUUCAACUGGCCAAGCUCUUCUCUAUAGCUGUUGAUUUCCCAAAGACUGGAGUGCCGGCUCUGAUUCCACCUGAGCUACAUGUCAAGGAGUAUCCUGAUUUUAUGGAGAAGCUCGACAAGGUCACCUAUGUAUCAGAGGGUGUGAUCGGGAAGCUCUACAGGGAAAUAAAGAAGCACACACCUCACAUAAAGCACUUUACGAGGGAAGUGGCAAGGCGUUCUUAUGACACUGAUUUGAUCGUUGAUGGCUAUGAAGAUUACAUUAAUGAGGCUAUAGAGUUCAAGGAAGAGUACGAUUUCAGGUUGGGUAAUCUUAUGGACCACUAUGGCAUAAAAAGUGAAGCUGAGAUAAUAAGUGGAUGUAUUCUAAAGAUGGCAAAGAAUUUCACCAAGAGUAGUGAUGCUGAUGCAAUUAGAAUGGCAGUGAGAUCUUUGAGGAAAGAAGCUAGGUCAUGGUUCAAUGAGAUGAGCAUAGGCGAGGAUGGCCAAGAUGCCAUAGAGGCCAAGGCCUCUGCUUGGUACCAUGUUACUUAUCAUCCACAGUACUGGGGCAGCUACAAUGAAGGAUAUGAUCGGCCGCAUCUUAUUAGCUUCCCAUGGUGCGUAUAUGACAAGCUUUUGACCAUCAAGCAGAGGAAUUUCUUCACGCAGAUGGAUCCUAAUCUGGUGUCUCUCAUGAAUAACAUGAAUCAAAACUUGACAUUGCAUUGA